GAAUGAAGGAAAUGGCGAGGAAAGCUAUUGGCAAAAAAGGUGAUGGCUAUGUGCAGCUUUUCGAUGGCACUGCCAAAGACCUUGCGGCAACUGAAGCUGGUGCCCAAUGGAAAGGAGCAAAGGGAACGAAACUGAUGGUGGAGAGUUUGGGCAAAUUGCCAAAGGUGCUGCGUGACAUCUGGAUGAGCAACGUCCAACGUGCUGGGGGGGAUGUACACGUUUUGCGAUCUCUUGCUGUGCCUGGCCUUGCCAUAUACGGACCAAUGGUUGCGUUUCUCCUGCUCGACUCGCCCAAGGGGUACAUAACGAGAUGCUUCGUGAAUGACUGGAGGGAGCUGUCUAUGACAGUCUCAAAAGAAACGCUCAAGGCCAAUGGCAGAGUGUUUCUGGACUUCUUGCUGACACGGCUGCAUGUACUCAGGAACGAGGAUCUCAUUGUUGGCAAUGCCAAAUCAUCCGAGGGCGAGGACGAAAAUGAAGAUCCGGGCCUGGCUUUGCUUCAGGAGUUUUCCUCUCCAAAAAGGAGGGCUCCCUUGGCAAUGCCAUUGUCGCAUCCGACGCCAAAGAGAAGGAAAGUUCCGGGAAAUGCCUGCGAAAGGAGGCCAUCCGCUUCAGGCAGUGACAUGUAA